AUGGAUGCAGAGCUGUCUAUUCCGUUCAAGAAGGAUUGGGUCGCAGGCAAGGGAGAGGAUGGGAGAAAAGACGUGGAAUACAUGGAAGAAGGUCAAGGGAAGGACGUGGAAAAUGGAGGAGAGGAGGGAAAUGGAUGCAGCGAGGAGGGGGGGGGUGUGUCUCCUGCACUGGCACAGAGGUGGUUUGUGUUUCCUCCUCUUGCCACGCUCAGUGUUGUCGCGGGCCGCGAGUGGCUGCUGAUGCGGCGGAAUCUGCUGCUCUACAUCGUGCAGACCAUCCAGGUAGAUUCAGUGAGGUUCGUUCCUCUAGUUCGGUAUCUUCACGGGUGCAUAGCGCCCAUAGUGCUCAUAGUGCUCAUAGUGCCCAUAGUCCUCGUAGUGCCUAUAGUGCCUAUAGUGCUCAUAGUGCCUAUAAUGCCCAUAGUGCUCAUAGUGCCUAUAGUGCUCAUAGUGCCCAUAGUGCCUAUAGUGCCCAUAGUGCUCAUAGUGCUCAUAGUGCCCAUAAUGCUCAUAGUGCUCAUAGUGCCAAUAGUCCCCAUAGUGCUCAUAUUGCCUGUAGUGCCCAAUGUGCCCAUAGUGCUCAUAGUGUCUUUUAUGCCCAUAGUGCUCAUAGUGCCUAUAGUGCCUAUAGUGCUCAUAGUGCCUAUUGUGUCCAUAAUGCUCAUAGUGCCUAUAGUGCCCAUAGUGCUCAUAGUGCCCAUAGUGCUCAUAGUGCCCAUAAAUCAUCCUUCCCUUCCCUCUUGUGACCCCUUUUCUGCCUUACCUCUCUCCCUGGCUGCCCCGCUCUCCUUCCCACUUUACCCAAUCUACCUCUUCUGCACUUCCCUCCUGCCAUCCCCUUAUCUGCCUCUCCCUUCCAUCGUAGCCUCCUCACCCUACCUUCUCCUUACCCUUUGCCUUGUUCACCAGAUAUGA